UGAACUUCCUCUAGAUGUCUGAACAGCCGAGUCACUGACGGUGUUUAAACGACAGGUGAAGACCUCGCUCUUCCUGAAACAUUUCAACUAACACUUAUUUUUGUUUUUAUGUAAUAUAUAUUACAUUACAUUACAUUACAUACAGGUCCCAGCAGAGUUUUUGGUUGUUGGUAUCUUUUUUCUGUGACCUAUAUAUUUGUUGAAGGUGACUUUAGCACACCUUUUUUACAUUUUAAAUGUAAAUGAGGAUGUAAAUGUUCCAGUGAACAGAGAGUGAAAACACCUUCUACAGUAUGAGGACUCAACACAGGAUUGCAAAGAUAAUGGACUACAUUAAGAGCAGGCUUAAAAUCUGCUUUAUCUUUCUGCUCUUCAUGGUCUGUAUUGGGUUUCUCUCCAUCAAAAUGUCUGACGUCUCCAUCAGCCCAUCCAAAGAGUGGCUUAACAAUGUUGCCCAUCAUCUUCACACUUUUUAUGUGGCAAAAAAAUCCCAAAGCAACAGCAAUCAAACUUCCACCGAGUCGACCGAUUGGGACACGAUGACGACGACUGUUCCAGUGACAGAAACGUACCAUGAAGCAUAUCCACGCAGGUACCAUUUCAUCCUAGAUGAGCCAGAUAUAUGUGAACAGCAGAAGCCAUUUUUAGUCCUCAUGGUGCCAGUGGCUCCUCAACAACUGGCGGCUCGUAACGCCAUCCGGAGCACGUGGGGUAACGAGACUGUUGUUCAAGGGAAAAACAUCAAAGUCUUGUUUGUUCUGGGAUUAACAGGAGACGCACAGGGGGUGAACCAGCAAGAGCAGUGGAGGUUAGAAAGCCAGCAAUACCACGAUCUUAUACAGAGUGACUUCUUGGACACAUACAGUAACCUGACUAUAAAGACCAUGGUGAUCUUGGACUGGUUAAGCACACGCUGUCCUCAAGCAACCUAUGCCAUGAAGAUAGACUCGGACAUGUUCCUAAACCUGGAAAACCUCAUGAGUUUGCUGCUGGCACCGGACACACCCAAAAUAAACUACAUAACUGGGAUGGUAAUGUGGAACCGACCCGUCGUUCGAGACCCAUCUUCUAAGUGGUAUGUGCCUCAGGACGUGUACCCUCAGGACGUCUACCCUACUUACCUGCUGGGGAUGGGUUAUGUAUUUUCCAAUGAUCUUCCAGAGAAGCUCGUCAGGGUCUCAAAAGACAUAAAUCCGUUUAGCAUAGAGGAUGCCUACGUGGGUGCGUGUUUGGAAAAACUGGGCAUCCCACCUUCGUCUCCUCCUGACCCUUCCCGAUUCAAGGCUUAUCACAGCGGCGAAUUUGUGCACAGCGAGUUCUCUAGGGUCAUCACAACGAUCCUUGGAUCCCCAGAGCAGCUAGUAUCAUUCUGGCAGAAGCUAAAGAGGCCUACAUGAUCAGGAUUGAAAUGUUUUUAGAUGCCAUGGUUUUAGAGUGCUAUAAAAAUACUUUGCGAAUCUCAGUUUUAAGCCUUUUGCACAAUGACGACGUUGUGACUUUAGAACUGUCAAAUGUUUACACAAAAUUCAUGUCCUCCGACACCACAAAAACAUUGUCGAAAGCACAAAACUACUCUAAAUUGUUCCUGGGAGUAAAUGACAGUGGAAUAAUGUUAAUGUAAAGUUAUUCCAAUAUUUCCAAAAAAUAAUUCUCAUGCCCAUUGUUACAGGGUGAGGCUCUGCUUCUAGCAUGAGCCUGUUCAUCAUAGAUCAGUUACAAACUAUUAGUUUAUAAUUUCUCUACAGGGAAAAUUAACAAGUCUAUCUUUAUUAGAGAAGGACUUACUGUAUAUUAACUAUAUUUAUACUUUCAUACCACGUAAGUUAUUAGUAGUAUUAAGGUGCCUCGACAUUCUGAUAAAUCUGAUGUCAUUCUGUUAUUCCUUAGGAAUAAACAUAUCAGCGCUUAAGUGAUGAAUAAUAAUAUUACUUAAAAGAAUAACAGUAAUUAUACAGACAAUUAUAAUAAGCACCCUUAAUAUAAUAGCAAUAUUACUAUAAUUAUUACAGAUGAGAUGACUAUAGACUAGUACCUCCAGGUUAGAAAACCAGUCCAGUGUGUGAUGCAACAUGAAGCAUGACAAAAGCCUGGAUGAACAAUAGGAAACUUCACAUUGAAUGGCUACCUCGCAUUGUCAAACCACGUGGGUGCCUCCUUUUGACAUGGUUAAUGACAAGCCUUCCAGUCAGACAAAGCGAGCUUUUAAAAAGGAAUUUGCUCCUUUAUGAAUCUGUUCUUCUUUGUGAAGCUGAUUCCUGCAGAUUAUAAAUCUUUUCUAUUUUUAUAAAAGAGUCUGUUUUCAAUAGCUAAAAGCCAAACCGAGGUAAAGUAGCACGUUAGUCGAGAACAAUAACGAGCCUCUUUGUUAAAAUGAAAAAUAAUAUAUAAACGGAUUACAUUAUAUAAAAUAUAAUUAAAAUUAAGUUAUUUAUUAAACAUAAAAAAAUUAAUGUUAUUUUUUUAUUUAUAGUUAAAAAUACAGAUUGCAGGUUUGUGUACUGUAUAAUGCGCCCCUUUUCGUUUAAAUCUAAAAUAAAAAAAAACACAUUGUUUGUUACAUUUUUGUUUUCUUUGCAAUAAUUUUAAACCUUUUCUCUUGUUACCAGGUUGUCAAACAAGAAAAUUGUUUUUUUUUCCCCAUGGUGUGUAAGAAUGUGUGCAUUAUGUACAGUACUUUCUCGUGUUUCAGAAAAACCAACUUACUCGACAGGUAGUCAAUUGGCCAAGACCUGUCUGAUGAAAUGUUGCACAACAUCUUUUCUUUUAGAAUAUGGCCAGUUCUUCAGACCACGAAUGAUGAAUGACUCUGAUGAACUUACAUCACAGCCAGAAAACAGGUUAACGUACAGUACGCUAAAGAUAACACGCAAACACGUGCAAGGAAGCCCCAACAGGCCGAUGUGCUUUAAUUUGGUAAUACAGACUACCUUUGCUUCAUAUAAAAAGAGGUUUGAAACACAUUUACUGACCUACUGAUAUAACUCAUUGGGUGAAAUUGACUUCCAUUUCUUUCAGUUCAUGCCUUGGGUAAAGAAAGUAAUUUCUUACUAAGAUUUUUAAAACAUUGUUGUUCAUCUGCUAUUAUGAAGCAACUCUCACAAAAUAUGCACUUUGUGAAAGAGGGUAUUUGCAUUUAUUACUUGUUCUGAUAUUUCUUUGACAAAAAAGAUAAUUCCUGUUUGUUUGUUUGUUUGCUUUUUUAAAUCUGGGUGCAUCUGAUACUUUAUAAAAAAUAUUAAAUGAAUGAAUAAAUGAACAAAAUAAAUAAGGGGA